CAAACCAAAUAUCCCCCAAAUCUCACCAUCCUCUUCCCUCAUUUUCAAAUCACCCCGCUUCACUAUCCUCCCUCACUCUCCACCGCCUUCAUCCAACUUCCUUCCGAUCCGACGGCGCACGCCAAUCCGAGAUGGGCCCACCGCCGAAGACCGCCGGCCGCGCGAUUUCACAGCAGACCUUCGACGAAGUCGUGAAGGAGAACAUCGACGAUCUUGGCAUGGACCCCGCCGAGGCCCUCCAGGACGCCAUCGAAACCCUAACUCUCCAGGGCGUCGAUCUCUUUGGCAUUGUGACUUGUGUGCCGGGGGAGGGUGGUAACCCUGUGAUUCAGUGUUUGGAUAGACUGAGGCAGUUGGAUUGUUCAGGUGAAAACAGUCGAAACGGCGACGAGCUAGUUACGUUACUAGAUGAGCUUACAGAGCUGUGUAACUCUGAAGGUUCCGGAAACGCUGCAAUAGCCUCUAGAAACGGAGCGGUUGAAUUGAUUUGUUCGGUGUGCUCUAAGGUUUCGAUCGGGUGCCAGGGUGUUAAGGUUUCGGCUUUGAAUGCUUUGACUUUGUUACUUAAUGAUUUGCAAAGUAGAGAGGUGUUUAGAGCAAGUGGCGGACCAAAGCUGGUGGUGGGUGUUAUAAGUGAUGGAUUUGAGAAUAUAGAUGUAUUGAGAAGUGGCUUUUCUGUCAUUGCUGCUGCUGCAACGGGUAAUGAGGUUAUAAAAGAGUCUUUCAUGGAGUUGAAGACUGAUGAGCUUAUUCUGCGAGCUCUUAAUGUAAAAAGUGAAGGCAGCCUUGAUAGUUUGUAUGAUGCCAUAAGGAUUCUCUUGACACCGGAUGACACUCGUGUUUUGGCUUCCCAAGUGUUUGGCUAUGCACGGAAAUUUGCCAAAAUUGGAAUUGCAGAAGCUCUUGUUGACUCCAUACGUGCAGGGCUAAGCUCACCUAGUCUUGUUUCAGCAAGCAUUGCUUUGAAAGCUGUUGCUGUCAAUGAUGAAAUAUGUACAACUAUAUCUGAAAAUGGUGGUAUCGAUGCGCUUCUCCUUUGCAUUGAUGAUAGUGGUGAACAAGGCAACAAUAAUGUUGCAAAAGUUUGCUGUUCUUUACUCUGUAAGUUGGCAGGAAGUGACACAAAUAAGAAUGCCAUUGUUGAGAAGGGCAUGGAUAGGCUAAUCAAACUCUCCGGUAGAUUUUCGGAUGACCCUUCAGUUUUACAAGAGAUUAUGGCUCUCAUUUCGGUACUAUCUUUAAGAUCGCCUGGAAAUGCGGCUCGUGCAGUUGAAGCUGGGGCUGGAGAACUUGCAAUCCAAGCUAUGCAGAACUAUCCCAUGGCACCAUUACUGCUAAGGAAUUGUUGUCUAAUGAUUCGGAAUCUUGUUGUAAGAAAUGCAGAAAACAGAACAAUAAUGCUCAAUAGUGGUGUUGAAAAAUGCAUAAGGAAGGCCAAGCAAACACAUGCAAGCUGUAAGGAGGCUGCUACAGACGCGCUAAGGGACCUGGGAUUAGAUGAUUACAACUUGUAAUAUCCAUAUACUCCACAUGUAUCCCUGUUUGUUUUGGCUUUUGCCUGAGGUCUGUGAUGUAGUGAUUUAUUUUGAUAUUCCAAAAGUGGGGGGAUCUUGAUAUUUAUAGCACACCAUAAGAAAUUAUAUGGUCCUUUGGGGUUGUUUGAUAUUUAUGAGAUUAUACAUUCUUUGAGACUUGUUUGGAAGAAGACUUCUUGACCAAGAAUCAAGAAUUUCAAGGCUAAAGAACUCUACAUGAAAUGGAAAUUGACAACUGCC